AUGGCGCGGGCCGUACAGGCCGUGCUGACCCCUGACGUGGGCACGAUCAAGCAGCGGCUGACCGCGCCGCCCGCGCGGCCGGAGCUGCCGGCGCCGGGCGCGUUCGGGACGCUCGGCAUGGUGGUGCCGCAGCAGGCGGGGACGGUGGUGGCGAACCUGUUUACGCUCGGCGACAAGCUGCGGCUCCCGGGGACGAUCUACCUGUACCACGUCCACGUCUACGCGUGGAAGACGCGUGAGAACACGUGGAGCGACGACCUCGCCCCGCAGGACCUCUCCAAGGAGGAGGCCUUCACGCUCCUCACGCGGCUCAAGCGGGAAGUCGCCCAGCAGCUUCCCAACUGCCACGUGUCGUACGACGGCCGCACCCGGCUGCAGGCCACCGAGCGGCUCCCUGCGAGCCUGCUCAAGCGCGAGGAGAACGUGGGGCGGUCCAAGGUCCGCAUCGACAUCGACGAGGUGGGCAGGUCGCACCCGCCGGCGACGCAGGCGGAGUGGAUGGACCUGCCGCUCGAUGAGGCGCUCAUGAGCCUCCAGGCGCUCGACAUCGCGCUGGUGAACUUCGCGUCGUGGGAGCAGAGCAAGGCGAAGCCGAAGUGGGUCAUGUCCGGGCGCAACCUCUUCCUCGCCUCGGAGUCCGGCAACGACCUCGGGGACGGCGCCGAGGCGCUCGUCGGCUGGCACGCCUCGAUGCGCGUCACCAAGCGCGGGCUCGCGCUGCUGUGCGACCUCAGCGCGUGCGCCUUCCUGGCCUCGGGCAACAUGGUCGAGCUCUUCUGCUCGCUCGUCGGGUGCCCGCCGAACGACCUCGCGCGGCAGCUCUCGCGCGACCGCCGCGCCAGCCUGCGCGUCGAGGCCGCCAUCAAGGGCCGGAAGGUCAUCAUCGAGCACGGGACGAAGAGCAACACCAAGGUGCACAUGACGCGCAAGGCGCGCGGGCUCGGGCCCUCCGCGGAUAGCUACAAGUUCCGCGACGACCAGGGCCGGCAGUGGAACGUGACCGAGUACUGGCGCGACAAGCACGGCGUGGUGCUCAAGUUCCCGGGGCUGCCGUGCGUGAACUUCGCGGGCCCGAAGAAGGACCCCGUGCUGUAUCCGGCCGAGCUCAUCUGGAUGCCGCCGGGCCAGAAGGCGGGGGGCCUCUCUGGGGAUCAGACGGCGAUGAUGAUUCGGUCGGCGUCCAAGCCGCCGAACGACCGCCUGCAGCACACGCUCGCGCGCAACAGCGCGCUGCACGCGAUCACCGAGGACCCGGACGCGCGCGCGCUGGGGGUGUCUGACAUCUCGAAGACCCCCCUCACGGUGACGUCGCGGGUGCUCCCGGCGCCGGAGAUCAAGUACCGCGAGUCCACGCUCAACGUCGGGAUGGCGGGCGCGUGGAACGCCAAGGGCGCGAAGCUCUUCGAGACCCCCGGGCUCGAGGUGUGGUUCGACGUGGUGGUCAUGGCGCACAAUGUGCGGUUCGAGCAGAGCAAGGACUUCGCGCGCACGCUCGCGCAGAUGUCGACGAGCAUGGGCCUCAACAUGCGCGUCGGCGAGAUCAUCGAGGCCAUAGGCUCGCCAAAGGAUCAGAUCAUAGAUAUGGUGCAGGGCUUCGCGGACAAGCGGCUGCGCGAGAAGGCGCACAGGACGGACUUCUUCGUCCUCUUCAUUCUCGGUAACCUGCCGAACGAGUACAACUGCAUCAAGACCGCCGCGGACGGCCACGGGCUCGUCACGCAGGCCAUGCUGUCUCGCCACGCGCAGCGCCCCAGCCCGCAGUACGCCGCAAACCUGGUGCUGAAGAUCAACGCGAAGCUCGGCGGGCUCGUGUCGACGCUCGCGCCCGUCGGCGCCGCGCCGCACGGGGGCGCCCCGGCGCCGGCGCAGCUGUCGUGGAUCUUCGACAACCCCGUCAUGGUGAUGGGCGUCGACGUGACGCACGCCGAGCCGGGCUCGACGCGCCCCUCCGUCGCCGCGGUCGUCGCGUCGAUGAACGGCCGCCUCCCCGGGCAGUACGCGGCGGAGCUGCGCCGCCAGGCGCUCAAGACCAGCGGCGAGCGCGAGAUCGUUCAGGAGCUCCAGGACGCCACGGAGAGCCUGCUGCGGGCGUUCAUGCGGCGCAAGACGUCCAGCGGCGCGGAGCAGGGGCAGCCGUGGUGCAUCGUGGUGUACCGCGACGGCGUGUCGGACGGCCAGCUGCGCGCUGUCCUGCAGUAUGAGCUCCCGGCCCUGCAGGAAGCGUGCGCGAACGUGUGCAAGAACCCCGUGCGCAUCGUGCUGCUCGUCGCGCAGAAGCGGCACCACCUGCGGCUGUACUUCUGUCCGCCCGGGGGGCAGGGCGGGGCGCCGCAGCAGGCGGUGAACCCGUGUCCGGGACUCGUCGCGGACACCGAGUGCUGCUCGAGCCACGUGUCGGACUUCUUCCUGUGCUCGCACGCGGCGAUCCAGGGCACCUCGCGCCCGACGCGGUACACGGUGGCGUUCGACGAGGUUGGGCUGACGGCGGACGAGGUACAACUGAUGACGUACUGGAUCUGCUUCCUGUACUGCCGGGCGACGAGGUCGGUGUCGCUGGCCACGCCGGCGUACUACGCGCACCACUGCGCGACCAGGGGCCGCGUGUGGCUGUCGGAGUACCCGGACAUGUCGAAUGAGGACAUGGCUAAGCGCUGUGCCAAGUGGGCGGACGCGGACAACGGCAUGUUCUUUGUCUGA